GUCUGGGAACGGUUGCCGAAAAGGGAAGCGGAGCACCAAAUGUUCUCACGCAUUGCCGGGGACUGGAGCACGGUCUGGCUUACGUCAGAGGUAUAUUCCAGCAAGUUCUCGUAACGUCUGUAAUGGGGGCGGGACGUCCAGGCAAGCCCGCCAUGCCGAGUCCAUAUAACUCUCUGCUCCCGACGUUCGUCACAAGAAAUCUCUACUAUUACCCUUUCUGCUUUAUAUCUCUUUCUAUUUCUCUUUUCUCAGUCUUUCUCCCGUUAAGUUACAAUGGGUACAGACUAUUACAAGCUCCUUGGUAUAGACAAGAGCGCAAGCGAGGAUGAGAUCAAAAAGGCCUACAAGAAAAUGGCCAUGAAAUGGCAUCCGGAUCGUAAUCAGGGAUCGGAGGAAGCUUCCAAGAAGUUCAAAGAGAUCUCCGAGGCAUUUGAAGUGCUCAGCGAUAAACAAAAGCGCACCAUUUAUGAUCAAUUCGGCGAAGAGGGUCUCAAAGGUGGAGGCGCACCUCCACCAGGGGCUGGCGCUGGUCCUGGAGGAUUCCCUGGCUUCGCUGGAAUGCCUGGAGGCGGAGGUCAGACGUUUACCUUCACCACCGGCCCUGGAGGAAGUUUCGGCACUGGUGGGGGCCGUGGUGGCUUCUCGCCAACUGACCCAAACAAGAUAUUCGAGUCAAUAUUUGGCAUGGGCGGCCUCGGUGGCUUCGGUGGUAUGGGUGGUGGUAUGGGUGGUGGUAGGAGGGGCGCAGGGAUGGGUGGCAUGUUUGGAGACGAGGACGAGGACAUGAUGGGUGGCGGCUCACCAUUCUCAUCGUUCGGCGGCAUGCCAGGAGGUAUGCCUGGUGCACGAGCACACGCUAAGGCACCCUCUGGUGCAGGUCCGCGUCGAGCGGCAUCCCCUGCACCACAACGACCUUCACAACCCUCUGAAAUCACACGACCACUCAAAGUCACAUUAGAGGACCUCUACAAUGGCGCGACGAAACGUCUGAAAGUCGGUCGAAAGCUCCUCAAUGGACAAACAGAAGACAAGGUGCUUGAAAUUCAGGUACUCCCUGGAUGGAAGAGCGGUACCAAGAUUCGAUUCCCGAAGGCGGGUAACGAGCAAGCUGAUGGCGAAGCUCAAGAUCUGGUCUUCGUCAUUGAGGAGAAGCCUCAUGGACGCUUUGUCCGUGAAGGCAAUGACAUCAUAUGUCAUGAGAAACUACCACUCGUAGAGGCUCUUGCAGGAGGCGGCGGAAAGCGGACGGUCGAGGCGCUUGAUGGAAGGAAAUUGCAAGUCAACGUCCCACCAAGCGUCGUGAAACCCAAUGCGCAGACCGUUGUCUCAGGGGAAGGUAUGCCUAUCCGAAAGGAGGGCAGUUUCAAGAAGAAGGGUGAUAUCAUCGUUAAGUGGGACAUUGUCUUCCCUGAUCGGUUGACACCUGCACAGAAGGAAGGUAUCAGGAAGGUGUUAGUUUGAAUGUAAGACCAGUGAUAUUGGCUUGUUUCUUCAUCUAUCAUGAGAGGACUCUUAUUUUUUUUUUUCGCAUAGCAUCUUUUGUAUUUGUAUUAUCAGCAUCACUUUUUCUAAUAUAGUAGUGUAGAAUGGAUACCCUUCAAUUGCACUGCUCGUUUGCUCGCUGCGCAUGUUCGAAUUCUUGCAAUGAUCGAUUAUCUAUUCACCUCUAUUGAUGCAUAUCUACAGGGCGAUUACUGCAUCUCAACUUCGGAUCUGAUGCUAGUAAGCAUAUCCUUGUCUGUUCCUUCAGCAACGGUCGUGGCAACUUGAACUGCACGAGCUUGCUGAAGGAGCUCCUCAUCCGUCCGGGAUGUAGCUUAUAGGUAAACAAGGCUACGUGAACGACUUGCACGACAGCACACGUUUGGUCCACAGAAAUUUCUUCCGAUCUGCAGAUGACUACAUGUUAGUAGAUAAACCUUAGACUUCUCAUUCGACGUCUUAAACAAAAGGAUCGUCUCCCACCUCUGACCCGAAGUAUUUGUACUCCCAAAAUACCUUCAGGGGAAAGAAGGCAUCAUAUAAUACUCAAGUCAAUAGGUAGUGUGAAAUGAUUUCACAUAGUUAUUCUGUGGCUUGUCACAUUGUGGCGAACUUGAAGCUGAAUAUCAGAA